AUGGACUCGAUUCAAUACCUACGCAUUCCACGAACAAGCUCCACAAAACUGUUUACAAAACAGUCAACUUCCCAUGGAGUACCUUCCUGUGGUCCGUUUCGCAUGAGCGUGGACUUGAUUCGAUACCUACACAUUCCACGAACAAGCUCCACAAAACCGUUUACAAAACGGUCAACCUCCCAUUGA